AUGGAUAUGACAAUGCAGACGUUAGAUGCAGAGCACAGAGCAUCCGAAAGCCUUCUGCAUUUUAUCCGUAUGAUUCAGUGCAGGAAUAUCUGCCCUAUAUGUAAUCUUGCAUUUCUCACAAAGAUGAAUUUGUAUCAACAUAUAAAUGAAUACCAUGCCGGGAUGUCUUUCACAUGCGAUUGCUGCAACGUAAUCUGCGAUACUUGGCUAAAAUUUCUAGAACAUAGUUACUCUGUUCACAGGCACAUAGUAUUCUGUCCUUAUUGUUAUAAAGCUCAUUCCAAUCAUUGGAGGUUGAGACUGCAUUGGAGAAUGCAUGAGCCGUUCGAGUGCGAAUUAUGUUACAACACAUUUAAAACAUUAUCAAAUUUGAGGGACCAUCACCUCUCGCUGCAUCAUGAGGUGCCAUUCGACUUACCGUAUCGUCCACCGCAAAGAGCUCCAAUGCAAAGAGAAGAAUAA